AUGGCUACUCGUUACAAAAUCGAUUUCAAAAAUGGACAUCCAAUGAAUGUCAAAGCUUACGUUGGAACAACCGGUUGUUCAACCAGCUUUCAAUUUAUGUAUCGAGCAUUGGGUGGAUUUGCGGAAUUAUCGAACAUAUUGGAGAAUAGAUUCAACAGUCUUGUUAAAGACGCUGGAAAAAAAGAGAGGGUUUUUGGAAAGUAUGCGAUUCAUUGUCAACGUUAGUUUUUUAAUGGUUUGAAUUUGAAGAGAUUCAAAUAUAAAAAACACCUCAUUUCAGUAUCAUAUGAAUCCAAAAUCCAAAUUCAAACUGAUCGUGAUCUCCUAUAUGCUUUGAACAUCCACGGACUCGAUCAAUGUUUCACACGAUCACCAUUCAUUAUCACGAUCAAUUUCGAAGAAGAAUGUGAUACAAUCUACCUUGGAACUGCCCUCGAACAAUUGAUCAUGGGAACAGUCUCCGCAGAAAACAUUAUCGGUUGUUGGGGAAACCAUCCAGUUCACCUGUUACUACCCGAUAGUCGAGCUGCGAUUCCUUUGGAUAUUGAUGCAAUUUUUGCCAAGCUCAAUGCGGAAAAUGCCGCCGAGGAGAAAAAAUCGGAAUAA